CCGUGUAUAAAAACCCGCGUCUGAUAGUGCUUCCGAGACGCCCCCUCCCCCGAUAUCGACAUGCACUCGCCGCAAUCCUACGGCCAGUAUCGCGUGCGCAUUCUGCGCGAUCUCGCGCACGCCCUCUUGCUCCCCACAGCCCUCCUCUGGUCUACACUCAGGCUGCUCGACGUCCGUGUGGGGUGGAUCCUCGCCCCUGCGGUAUACCUCGCGUCCAUCGUCCUCUGGGCGACGCUCUACAACGUCUACCGCGAACGCGUGCACGCGCGCACGGCCGAGGAGCUCGGUGCGCAGCGCGUGCGGCAGGUGGUCGGCCGCUGGCCGGGGAACAUCGACGUCCUGCUGCGCAUGAUGGGCGCGUUCAAGACGAGCUACGUGCUGGACGUGUACCGCGAACUGUUCGAGGAGUACCAGUGCACGACGCUCAAUCUGCGCAUCCUGUGGCGUGACAAUAUUAUCACGAUGGAUCAGCAGCACUCCAAGUUCGUGCUGGCGACGGGCUUCGGCAACUUCUGGCGGGGCUACGUGCAGAAGGAGAGGAUGGAGACGUUCCUCGGCCAGGGGAUAUUCAAUCGUGAUGAUGAAGUCUGGAAGAUGCAUCGAAACAUGGCUCGCCCCUUUUUCGCGCGAGAGCGGAUCUCCGACUUCGACAUCUUUGAAACCCAUUCCAAACGCGCGUUGAACGUCAUUUCCUCGCUGACCACAGCCGGCCAGCCCUGUGAGGCGCAGGAUCUGUUCUCCCGGCUGACCCUCGACGCGGCAUCCGAGUUCCUCUUCGGACGCAACCUCGACACACUCUCGUCUGCACUACCGAUCCCCGGACAGACAGGGAUGGGCCCGAAGGGGUCAGCGACGCACGACAGCUGGGGCGAGUUCGCGCAGGCGUUUGAGAUGUCGCAGUUGAUCGCCACGCAACGGGGGAGGAUAGGCCACUUGUGGCCUUUGUUCGAGCUUUUCAAAGACAAGAACGCGGCGAACGCGGCGGUCAUUCAAGCAUGGCUUGAUCCGCUUGUCCAGCAAGCAGUCGAGGAUAAGCGUCGGCUCGCUGGUAUCAACAGUCCGGUGGCGGACAAGACCUUUCUUCAGCAUCUCGCAGACAGCACUGAUGACACAUCUCUUAUUCGUGAUCAGCUGCUCAACAUCUUGCUAGCAUCUCGAGAUACGACGGCCUGCCUGCUCACAUUUGUGACAUAUUUCAUGGCCAUAUACCCUGAUGUGGCAAAGAAGCUCCGCGCGGAAGUCUUGGAGCAUUGCGGGCCGCAGCAGUCCCCGACAUACCAGAAUGUGCGAGAGAUGAAAUACAUGCGCGCCGUGAUCAACGAAGUCCUUCGCUUGUUCCCGCCUGUCCCGCUCAACGUCAGAGAGUCGCGCGCCGAAGCAUGCACCCUGCCUGUGAGCGAUCCGACGUUCCCCGCGGAUGACACGAGACCGUACUACAUGCCGGGAAGCACGACGCUCAUGUACCUGCCCCUCCUGAUGCAGCGCAAUCCCGCGCUCUGGGGCCCGGAUGCGGAUGUCUUCGAUCCGGAGCGGUGGCUCGACUCCGCACGGCUGGCGCGCUUUGUGGGCAACCCAACGAUGUACGCGCCCUUCAGCGCUGGUCCGCGAAUCUGUCUGGGCCAGAACUACGCAUACAAUGAAGCCUCGUAUAUCCUGAUUCGGCUGCUCCAGGAGUUCGACACGUUCUCGCUGGCGCCCGACGUCCAGCCGCCUGCGUCCUUGCCGCUGCCCGAGUGGAAACAGCGUCCGGGGAGACAGGCGGUGGAGAGGAUCUGGCCCGCAGCUGCGAUGACGCUCUAUGUGAAGGGAGGACUUUGGGUUCGUUUCGGACGCGCUUCUGCUGCAUAGACCCCGCGUCAUACACACCAUACUACAUAGAAGGAAGGACUGAUUCUGGCACAGUGUUGUAUUACAGUGUAGUGGAUGUAUCAAUUACAAAGCAAAAAUGGUUGCCCACCGACACCAGUGACCGCGCCAUCAGCAGCCAUGACCGCCCCGCCGUACU